AGCCGUCUACAACACGUGCGUUCUUCCUACCACUCCUCGCGUUCAAAACUCUGCAAGGAUUUUCAGUCCAGUUUUUAAGCCGAAUUUCUAGAUAAGGCUUGUGUAACCUGCAAAGAGCUUUUUCUAGUGUUUAUAACGGCCACCAUGUUAGCAAGGAGACGCUAGCUUGUGCAACGAAAGCGUUUGUUUUGAUUAUAACUUUGUUCGGGACCUCGCACGGCAUCAAAGUUUGGCGAUUGUGAAACUUGUUAGAACCUAAUUUUGCGCCUUUUCCGGGGUUUGAUCCGUAACUCAAGUGAAGGAUGUUUUUAUUUUAUUUUAUUAUUAUCGGGUUUGUUAUUAAUUUUAUAUGCAUUUGUUGUAUGGUCAUAAGUUGAUAUUGUAUUUGUCAUGUCGUUUCGGAAGUUUGUUCAGUUCGUUGUAUUUCGUUCCAAUGUCGGAUGGAUUUUUGAGGGGUUUAUCCCGUUUGCUUACGCAGUGUGUAAACGAACCACGGUGAACUAAAGCAUCGACAAAUUUAUCUAAGAACUUGUUUUGAUUACUGUAGUUUCGCUCACAACUCACACGUCCUAACAUAGAAGCAAGUGUGCUUAUUUAGCGGGGAAAGGCGCUUCAGGCUCAAGUCUUGUGUCAACUUUCCGCUUCGUUUGUUGUAUAGUUUCACACCCGACAGUUUUAUUGUUUGCUAGUUCGAUUCUAUCACCUUCAAAGCCCCCCCUUUGUUUCCACCAAUGAUUAGUGUAAUUGUUUUGCCCUGUUGUCUUUGUAUAAACAUCAGCUUUUGCCGGAUGUGAGCUUCGCGCGGGUAACUUUUUCCUUUUUUAUCGAAACUUCUACCUCGGAUACAGCCCGACUCGAAAGUACCCUUCCAGCUUUGUGCUCAGAAACCUGAAGAUCUUUUCAAACAUUAUUUAUUUCAUUUUCUCGUGAUAUAUAUUAUUUUAUUAUUUUUUUCGAGAGGGGUCUGCUCAUUUUGCUUUGCGAUAAAAAGAUUGUUUAUGUGUCUUUGAUAAAAAUUAAUUAGUCGACCGUUCUCUUUAACUGCCGUCUGUCCUAUCGCUAGGUCGCUGCCCCCAGCUUUUAAUUGUUUGCUUUUUCAUGUAAACGCUGGUUUCAUUCAAGAAGUUUCUCUCAUCUAAGUACACGCAUAGUCUAUCGGUUUAGCAAGCACAUGUUUAUUUUUCAUAUUAGUAAAAUAGUGUUCAAGUUGGUUUAGGGAAAGUAUGUAAUCCCUUUACUAGCUACCGGUUAAUCCUUGUGUCACUGUCUUAAACUUGAUUCAAAACAAUCUUCCGCGUGGAGCCCGAACAAAGCGUAACCCUAUCCAAUUUUCGGUACCUGUUUUGCAUAUUUUAAGCAUUGAAGAAAACUACUAGAAAGCUCGUUGCUGCUUGGAGGGAAUCUUUACAGCUUUUAGCGGCCUUUCAUCAUGGCUUUCUCCUCUCGAAUAGAAUGGCAUCCGACCAAGGACAAUCUGAUUCCAACAGCAGUUUGGAUGGUAUUCCUGUAAAAAGAGCUCGCAAGGAUAACAGCCCCAAUGACAAGGAUAGCAGUGUAGAUUCCAGUGGUGGGAGUAGCCCUGAGGAUACGUGUGAGGCCAUCAGCAGGCAAGAAACAGUCCUCCAAGGAAUGACUCCAGAUCCUGACAAAACUGAAAACUGGGAUGUUAGUACAGAAUCUGGAAUCUCUACAGCCGGCAGCGACCUUGGAGUUGGAGGACCAAACGUUAUAGCUCCUGUCUCAACAUCUUCUUUAGAAUAUACAGAAUCUGGCACAACUGUUACAAACUUGGACCAGUGUGCAUAUGGUGUAAAUAUGAAUUCAGGGGCAGAUAAUUCACAGUUUCAAGGAAAUUAUUUAACAAAUCAGGGGUUCUUUAAUCAGCGGUCUUAUCCUCAUAUCGUGCCCACCCCUGCACAACAGACGUUGGCCACUGGGUUGUCUCAGUAUUCAUCUGGUGGUGUUAUUCAAGGAACAGGCGUCUCACCUGGCACUAGCUAUCUCUACUCGCAGCCAGGCUCUCUUGGUGGCUUUCCCCUUGUCCAGACAGUACGAUACCCUACAAGUAACUCGCCACCAAAAACUAGUAACGACACAAACCCAGUAACAAGCGACCAAGCUCAGACAGGCCCUAUUCCCGACAUAUCCAUCUUGCGACAGCCUGUCAGCACUUAUAACAGUCCAUAUGGAGUCACUGCAUAUUCCAGUGUCAUUCAACAAGGGCAGACAGGAUUUAAUAACAAUUUUCAGCAACAGCCAUACAUUGUGGCUUCAACUGCAUCUCCGUCAACUACUACAGGCGGUUUCACCAACCAACAAGCACAGGGGCUGCAGCAACAGGCCACCUUUCAAUAUGGAUACUCCCAGAGGAAUUCCCAGCAAGGGGGAUUUGCGUACAGCUACCUUAAUGCACCGCCACCAGCAUACUCUCCACGCACCUACAUCACACAGAUGAAUAGCACACCCCCUCCUAAUACGGUUGCUGGACAAACAAGUGCUUACCAACUUACCUCAUUAGUGCCGACCCAAGGGACGCAGGUUCUUUCUGAUGCAGGAUCCAAUGUAGUGCAAUACUCCCCAACUAUGGCCUCAACUCCAAGCCCUCCAGACUCGCCUGGUCGAAAUGAUGCCAAUCUCAACAACACAUCACUGUCAUCAUCAUCAUUACAAGGACAGGAUGGAAUUGUUGGCAUCAAUGAUGGGACUGGGGGGCUUAGUAAUGGCAAUGACAGAGCGAGGGGUAGAGGUGGGCGUGGUGGCAGGGGUAGAGGGAGUGGGCGUGGCAGGCGCUCAACCUCCUCAGCACCUACCCCUGAAUUGGACCAUAGUUUAGAGAUGGUUUCUUCUCAACAGAGAAUUUUUAUAUGGGAUCUUGAUGAGACCAUCAUAAUCUUCCAUUCCCUGCUUACUGGCUUGUUUGCCACCAAAUUUGGAAAGGAUUCGCCGUCCAGUGUUGCUCUUGGGUUACGCAUGGAGGAAAUGAUUUUCAACCUCGCUGAUACCCACAUGUUCUUCAACGAUCUUGAGGACUGUGAUCAGGUCCACAUUGACGAUGUUGCUGCUGAUGAUAAUGGCCUUGACCUCAGUACCUACAAUUUUGAAGCAGAUGGUUUCCAUGCUGCAGCAACAUCUGCUAACCUGUGCAUGGCAACUGGUGUACGUGGAGGUGUGGACUGGAUGAGGAAGCUGGCCUACCGCUACAGAAAGAUCAAGGAAGUCUAUAGUAGCUAUAGGAACAAUGUAGGGGGUCUUUUAGGGGCUGCUAAGCGAGAGACAUGGCUUCAGUUGAGAAUGGAGCUGGAAUCUACUACAGACUCUUGGCUUACCCUUGCUCUCAAGGCGCUGUCAAUUAUCCAUUCAAGAACGAACUGCCUCAACAUAAUGGUCACUACAACUCAGCUGGUACCGGCCCUGGCCAAGAGCUUGCUUUACGGUCUCGGAGCCCUGUUUCCCAUUGAGAAUAUUUACAGUGCAACCAAAAUAGGCAAGGAGGCUUGUUUUGAGAGAAUAUUGAACCGGUUCGGCAAAAAGUGUACAUACAUCGUUGUAGGAGACGGGAGAGAUGAGGAGACUGCAAGCCGACAGAUGAAUUUUCCAUUUUGGAGGGUCAACACUCAUUCAGAUCUAAUCAACCUCCACCACGCCCUAGACCUGGGUCACCUCUGAUUAUUAUUAAAUCGUCAUCGGCUCUGCCCAUGCCAACAUCACAGUGAUGCACAUCUCAGCCAUCUGUUGUUUUAACCAACGCAUUCAAAAUGAACCGUUUCCAAGGUAAUGGUGGUCCUGUGGAAAUCUAGCGCUAAAGCGUGGCUCUGGCAUCAUAGCACUCUUUUACAGCCGCUGUAAGAGCCACUUUUCAAGCCCUUUUAAUCGCGAUGUUUGCCUUUGGGCUUGAAACGAGCGAAGAAUACAACAAGUCGCAAAAAGGGCGAAAAUCAAACCAAAGCCUCGCUUUCGCGCUUUAAUUACACAGUACUCCCAAUAUCUGGAGAAGGCCUGUUUGGUCCUGGUCGCUUGCAUAUUCAUUUGAAUAUUUAGUUUCAGUUUAUAGUGGUGUUGCAUUUUUACAAGGACGUUUGAAUGCUGCUUGUCCUUGUUUUCCUUUCAUAUAUAUAAACCACGUAAGACCCGUAGGACUCGUAACUCCAGCUUUAGCUAACUCGUAGUUACCACAUCACAGCCGGAACACUCAACGGUUGGGAGCGAGACAGACUACAAUUAAUUUCCCGCCAAAUCAUAUUUUGUUCAAUUACAAUGUGUUUUUGCUUAAACGUGACGUCAAUGAUUGCCAUUGUACAUGCCUGUUGAUAAGAUUCAUUAGAUAAAAACGACGAAUCAUUCGUACUCCUUGGGGAGCAACAAAUUACUAAAUACGUUCACCAUGGCUUUGGUGAAUUAAACGAAAGGUCCACGUCUAAAAAUAAGAUAUUCUAAAAAUGCAAUGGUAAAUUGGAUUUCUCACUCGGAGAGCGUAUAACUAAAUGGCAUAUUUUUCUCGGUACAAAUAAGAUUAGUAUAUUUUAGGAGACAAAUUCACAGAGUUUAUGUAAAAUGUUUAUAGAAAUGUGAAAUUUUAGUUUACUUACAUUUAGGCCAUUUGUUUGCGGGUGGAUGUGCCGUCUUUUUCUCGGGGGUCGGGGCAAACUGCCCCUCUUCUUGUCCCACUGUUUAUCACACCUCUAUGUGCAUAACAGCUAGGGGAAAGAUUUAGUAAAACCAUAAAGUAAACACUCCUCGGUGUAUUAGAUCUAUAUAGAGAAGUUAGAGACAAUACAAGUAUUUUUACAAAAUGAUUGAUAGAAGCGAUAAAAAUUAAAAUGCAUCCGGUUUUGUACACAACAUAUAAUGAUUAAGCUGAAUGAUGAGAGGCAUAUAGAAAUUGAUUAUAUUUGUUAUUGCGGUAAUUGUACGUUUGAAGAUUUUCAAGUUCGGCAAAGCAAUGAAAUUUCUGUGGUUCCCAGUCGAGCCCGUUUUAAUGUUUUGAAUCCCAAGACCUGUGCUAGAGAAUUGUAGUUAGACUAUUGUUUACUGGUAUAGAAUUGUGUAUUAGAAUGUAUCGUGGUAGUGAGCUCUCCUGCAAAUUAACCGCAUUUAAAUAAAUGGGAGUAGACUUAGAACAACAGAAAUGUUUCUACUUUGCCAUGAAUCUAAAUAGUAUACCUUCCAAUAGUUCUUGUUUUAAACAAAAUAAAACUUUACUCAGGCAUCCGAUAAAAUUGACAACACUGAUAAUCGAGAUCACAAAAGUCAAUACUAAACUGAGUUACUUACGUCGAAUAUUAUCAUAAUUAUUUCCUUGAUCCGCCGAUGUUGUCGAUUUUAUCAAUUGCCUUGACCACGCCCGAACAAACGGAGAAGAGCUUAUGUGCAAUUUCUGUACACCACUAAACAUAGCAACUAAUAUAUUUCGUAAUUGUGUCAUUGCAACCUCACUGUAUUUUAUUUGAAAUAUUUAGAAAUCAAUGAAUGACCGUUACUUCUAUGUAAUGUACAUAUAAAAUCGUGUAACAAAAGAUUUACUGCCUA